CAAUAGGUACAUAAUUACUUGCUUCUAACAUUAUUUUAUGUUACUUACCGGAAUUAGUGAAAGUGGAUUUUGUGAAAUUGGACCCUUCGAACAUUGUGUUAUUAAUACUAUGACAGAGAACACGCAGUAUACGUCGCAUGAAUAUGCGGAUAUUCACCUAAUUUACGGUGAAGCUUGCUGUAAUGCCAGAGCUGCUCAAAGAAUCUAUGCAGAACGAUACCCCAAUCGUGAGCAUCCGGGUCGAGAAGCAUUCGCCCGCACCCAUAGAGAAAUUUCUGAAGGUCGCAUACCUGGAAGGCGUGGCGGCGAGACAGGACGUCCUGCAACGGUAGAUGUUAAAGUUGCGUUAGAGGAAGUGGAACUAGGUCCAUCGACUUCAGGGAGAAUGAUGGAAAGACAGACUGGAAUACCAACAACUACAGAAGAAUUGAAAAACCCUAUUUUCAAUGAUGAAAGAAACUCCAAUAUAGUUGAUCCAGAUGCCCACCACAACUUUGACCACACUGUCUUUGGCGAAAAGGAUCGUUGGUUUAAAGUAAAAAGCAUAUAG